AUGGUGAAAACUAGAGGAAGUGGCUCUCGGUCUAUCAAGGAAGUGGCUGGCUCGUUGAUUGCAUCUCCAUCUCUCACCAAGAAAAAGGCUCGAAAAAGUACCUUGUCUCAACCCAGCCUCAUUGAUGGUUCCAUCACCACGAGCAAAGCCGUGGUCAUUCCUGACCUAGAAGCCCCCAAAGUACCGUCUGGUCCCCUUUCAUCGGCGGCUCUGCUCAUCUCUGUCCCUGGGUCCUCCAAAAGGGGCCGAGCUUCCCCCUCAGAUGAUGUCUCUGAUCAUGACGGUGAUUCGGCCAAAACCCAUUCUGACUCCUCAGAAUCCCCUGAUGUGAUUGCACCCAAGAAGAAAAGCAAAGGAUGGUUCCAGGUCUCAUCUUCUCGAAAAUCUCCUCGGUCCAAAGGGUCUAAUCCUUCGGAUUCCACUCCAAAGGCCUCGUCUCUCGUGGGUUCCACUCCACGUUCCAAGUUUCGAUCAAAGAUCCCUCUCUUGAUGAUAAUGUUGCAUCUGAAGCCGAUGUUUUGGGUCAUUAAGAAUAUUGAGGAUCGGGGGUGGUUAGGUUCUUUAACUGGUUUGGAUGGUUUUGUUCCUCGAGUUGUUCAAGAAUUCUAUCCUAAUCUUAAUGAUGAUCUGUUUGAUAGCAAGUCUUUUAUGUUUGGUCAAGUUUAUGUUCGGGGGCAUUGGUAUUUGUUUAGUCCUGCUGAAAUUGCCAAGGUUCUCAAUUUGCCCCCUACUGUUGACAAUGUUGCUGUGGAAUUCAACAAAGAUACAGUUUUAUCUGAAUUGGUGGGACAGAAUAUGGUUUGGGAACCACACUCGAUACUCAAAGUGACCGAUCUUACUCAUUACUAUGCCGUGCUUCACAAAUUUUCCACCAACAACUGGAUUCCCACCACUCAUACCUCCACCAUUACUUUUGACACGACCUUCUUUCUGUACAAAGUCGGGACUGGUUUCCAAGUUGAUCUUGCCACUCUCAUUUUUGAUCAGAUCACUGUCUUAGGAAAAGCCAAAAAGAAAGGCCAAUAUUUGGUGUUUCCUCAUUUGAUCUACAAGUUGCUUGAUUCUCAAAAGUCUCUUUGA